GACGCAGACGGUCGUCGCAAACGAUUCUCAGCCUCACUUUCAACUUGUUCUUGUUCACGUCUUGUUUACGAUCGUCAUCUUCUAAUCUUCGUCUACACAGUCUCUAUUGCAUGGCCUCUUCGUCGGCAUUGCUGGCGUCGCCAACGGAGAGCAUUAUACCCUCAGCCUCGCUGCAACCCUCAAUUACUCCAAGCAUAGAUCCCGUACCUGCUCAUCAUGCCAACGCAGUCGUGGCUUUCAUAAUUGGCCUUGCCAUCGUUACCCUUGCUUCUAUCCUAAAUGCUGCUGGCUUGAAUUUGACGAAAUUAGAUCAUGUUCGAACAAGUGCUAUUCCCAAGGCUUCGCGGCGGAGAGACUGGCUUCGUCCACUAUGGCUUCUUGGAAUGAUUCUAUACAUCUUGUCUCAACUGAUAGGGAGUACCCUCGCACUCGAGUAUAUGCGUGCCGAAUACGUCGCACCGCUUGGCUCGACGUCACUCAUAUUCAACUUCCUCUUCGCGAAGUUUCUUGUGAACACUCCUGUUACUAUGACUGAUAUAUGGGGAACUAUCAUUGUCAUCAUCGGCGUUAUUGGUAUCGUGGCUUUUGGCUCUAUCAACAGCGGAUUCAGUUCAGAAACCAAUGCGUCGCAUUUGUCCUAUCUGUGGAAACGCGGCAAUUGGCUGGGAUACUUCUUCUUUAUGACAUUUGCCCUCAUCGCACUUUACAUCUUCACAUCUCAGCUUGAUGCCGUGUUGACUGCGCGUUCUGAUCUUAGCGCAUCUCCAUCUGGUGGAAUUGGCGCACGUAGACCCGGAACUAGAUGGGUCGGCAAGAUCCUAGGACUGUGGAAUUACUUCAUGUCCCGGAUCAGAGAGUAUCUUGAGAUUUGGACAGCUCCACACGAUGAUAAGUGGGUUGCUUGGACGCUCGGCAUCUGUUGGGCAUGUUGUGGUGGCGGACUCGCGGGUGGCUGCUUGGUCUUUGCCAAAGCUGCCGUGAAGCUUAUUUCUGGGAGCCUCUCACAUGAGAAUACUGGGAACCAGUUUGGGCAGGCCUCCUCAAUAUUCACAUUCAUAUUUCUGGCCAUCACGGCCGUUGCCCAAAUCAUCUGCCUGAACCGUGGUCUUAAGGUGUACGAUUCAACUCUUGUAGUGCCUGUAUUUUACGGCGUUUACACGGCAGCAGGGUUCUUGAAUUCAUUGAUAUUCAACGACGAAGUAGACGCGUACCAGUCUUGGACACUUUUCCUGAUUUUCGUCUCCAUUCUUAUCUUGGUUUCCGGCGUUGUCCUUCUCACACACAAAAAGCCCGACCCUGCGGGGGCUCAUGGCACUCCUCCGGGCUCAGCGAGCGGAACCACUUUUGUGGCGAUGGCUCGGGCACGAAGGCGUACUAAGCGUAAAUCCGCCAAGGAUCUCAAGGACUCGGAUGAAGGCGAAUCCCUGCGAGAUCUGGAGGAGGGUGAAGACGCCGACGAAGUCGUAUGGCAACUUGGGGAGGCCAGUGAUGACGAAGAAGAAGGUUUUGUCCCUCGCAGUCAAGGUUUGGGGGAGACGCAUGGGGAAGGAGAGCGUGAACGAAUGAUUGCCAACCACGACCACGGAGACGAAGACCUCCGCAGAGCGUCAACAUCGUCAGAUGCGACUUUGGCACGACCAGAGGCUGAAGGCAGUGGAGAUGAGUUUGGGAAGUGGGGGUUAGGAAAGACGUCGAGACCGUGACAAGUCGGAAUUAUGCGAGGAGGUAGCAUGGUGCUACCCCCCUAGACAUCAUCUAUAGUGUAUCAUCAGGUAUGAGUUGGACCAUCUAAUUCCCGGUAGCUAAUCAUCCCGACUAUAACUUAUUCCGACAUCCCACGCACCUAUUCAACUUAAAUGCUCUGCAUUGCGGAAAUUGUGUGUUCUCGAGAAACGUAUUCCAUGACAGGGCCAUUCUAGAAUCAAUCCUCAAGGUUGUUCUACCCGCCCGAUGCAUGAGGUGGACAACUAUCUG